CCUUGGUCUUCUGGCCGCUGCCCCAGUAUGGCUAAGCUUGAAUUCCUCGAGGACAAUCGAGUGUUGCGAGGCGAUCCGAUCGAUGCACCUCCAGCACCAGACGACGUCACAACUCUCCCCGCUCUCUUUGCUCAUCAGGCUAAAGCACGACCCAAUGCUACUAUUUUCUCAAUCGCGUCUUCGGUUGACGAUACUGAUGAAGAAGGUGGACUCAUCAAACUGACCUACGGCCAGACCUAUGCCAUCACACAAAGACUUGCGGAGACACUCUCACUUCAGUACCUUUUUCACCCAAGUCCCUCCGCCUCGUCGUCAUCUUCGACAUGCCCUGUUGUUGGUGUAUGGCUUGAGAAGUCAAUCGAGCUACAUAUCGCCAUCUUGACAGCGACCACAGCAGGUGCGACCUGGUUGCCUUUUGAUGCCGAUGCACCUGCCGCACGAGUCACGGCUUGUCUCACCGACAGCGGCGCUCAUGUCUUACUGUGCGAUGAAGCUCAUCACGAAGCGGCUAUCGAGGCUGUCUCUUCGAUCCAGGCAGAUUGCAGUGUUGUUCUCUUUUCGAAACUGGAACGGCAGUCCCAAGAAGCGCAGAGCCACCCCAUCGAACUUAAAUCUUCGCCGAGCGACGCUGCAUACAUGAUAUAUACAUCCGGAUCGACGGGCACUCCAAAGGGCAUCGAGAUUUCGCACAAAGCAGCACUCACUUUCGCCAUCUCUGAGCGGACCGUGCUGCAGACCACCAGCACCGACAUCGUGUGGCAGGGAUUCAGCCCUGCCUUUGACAUGUUCAUCGAAGAAGUCUGGGUGAGCAUUGCAGGUGGUGCGCACAUUGCCAUCGGAACCAAGGCAGAAUGCCUUAAUGUAGCAGGGCUGGGGGGCUCAAAGGGCGUGUGGGCAAGACGGGGUGUAACGCUAGUCAAUACAGUGCCGACGCUCAUCAACAUCAUGACGUCGCUAGUCACCGAUGACGAUGAAGAUGACGAUGGUCUCCCUGCUUCAAUCCGUUUGCUCAACCUUGGUGGGGAAGCAUGCCCACCGGCUCUCGUCGAACGCCUAUGGAGGCCGUCGCUGCGGAUUACCAACACCUACGGUCCAUCAGAGACGACCGUUACGGCCACGUACGACGAUCUUCUGCCGAGCCAACCAGUCACAAUUGGCAAGCCUUUACCAUCGUACCACGCCCUUCUCUUGCCCAUCGCAGACGACGACGCUACCGUCAGCGGAGACUUGCUAAAACAACCUCUACUUCUGCGCGAAAACGUCGAGGGUGAGCUGUGCAUCGGCGGCGCCUGCCUUGGCAAUGGAUACGUGGGGCGCAGCGAGUUGACAGCGGAGAAAUUCAUCGUACAUCCUCUCGACCCUUCCGAGAGGCUCUACAAAACCGGUGACCGGGUCCGGAUAGGCGCAAAUCUCAAGAUACAUUUUCUGGGCAGAAUCGAUACCCAGGUCAAACAUCGAGGUUUCCGUAUUGAAUUGGGCGAGAUCGAAAGCGUUUUAGCCUCACAAGAAGACGUUCAAACGGCUGCCGUCAUCCUGGGGGGUACCACUCAAGAGCACGCCCGCCUUGAAGCGUUCGUCGUGUUGCGUCAAGGCGCGAACGAGGAUACCAAAGGUCUUCGUGCAGCCUGCCAACGGAAGUUACCGGGUUAUAUGCAUCCGGAAGUUUUCUAUAUUCUAGAAGCUCAAGACAUGCCUCGUUUGCCUAGCGGCAAGAUCAAUACAAAGGCGCUCCUAGAGCUAUCCGAGCGUAAGAGGACAGAGGAGCGGAAGCCAGAAGACGAUAUCUUCAAAAGCGGUCCGGUAGACGCUCCACAAGGCUCCCCGUUGGCCGUAUUGCUUAGCGCCAUGGCGGCCGUUUUUCCCCAACAAGCAAGCAGUGGGCUUGUUUUGCCAAAUGCAGACUUCUUCGACGAUCUCGGUGGUCACAGCUUGGCAGCAGCUGUGUUCGUGUCCAAGCUCCGCAAAGAAAGUCAGAAAAGCUCGCCUCUAUCUAUCAUCGGUCUCCAGCACAUCUACGAAUGCAGGACCGCCGAAGCGCUGGCCAAACGCUUUGAGGACAGGCAAGACGACAAUGACGAGCUAUCAGAUGCGGGCGAUGCCGAUGUCUCUGUGAAUGGAGAGGGAGAAAAACAGAGGAAGACAUUUACCACGAAGAUGGCCACGGGUUCCAAGACCGGCGACUACUGGGCCGUAUCGCAGCGUCGAUUCAUCCUAUGCGGAUUGGCCCAGCUGCCUGCGCUCCUCUUCUUCUUUUUCGUCCACUCGGUCGCACUGCUCGUCCCUUAUCUCAUCUUUUAUGCGGUCAUGCAGAGCACCAAUGUGGGUUGGGCCGUCCUGGCUACCUACAUGUCCUUUGUCGUCAUGCCCUUCUUUCUGGCAACCGUGGCAAUCAUGGGCAAAUGGCUCGCACUGGGCCAGGCAAGAGCAGGAGAGUACCCUUUGUAUGGCUUUUACUACUAUCGCUGGUGGUUGGCGAGCCGAUUCGUCGAUCUGAUCGAUAAAAACAGCCUCAGCGGGAGCUUUUUGUACGCUGGGAUGCUGCGGGCACUGGGUGCUCACGUCGGCCGUUACUGUCAUCUCGACUCAAUCAACCACGGGCCAGCAAUGGACCUUGUCCACAUUGGUGACGAUGUCGUUGUGGGGCACGAUGUCGUUCUGGCCGUGGAGGUCGUGGAACGAGGCAGGCUGAUCCUCAAGCCAGUAUUCAUAGAAGACGAAACUCACUUGGGCAGCAACUCAGUGGUCGAGGGAGGCGCUCGCGUACAACACGCCGGCGAGCUUCACCCGCUGACGAUGCUAGCUGAUGGUCAGGUGGUACCGCGCGGCGAGCGGUGGCACGGCUCGCCUGCUCGGUUCCAGCGCCAAGCGACAGAUGUGGACCUCGGAAGGCCAAGCCGACCCUCGGCAGCUCGAGCGUGCUUGAUGGGCUUCGCACAAAUGUUCUGCAUCGCAUUUAUAAUGCCUUUGCUGUACUUCGCGCCUCAGCUUCCCAGCUUGAUGCUGUUCGACGUCGCCGAAUUUCGCACCAUACAUGCUUGGUCGCAAAUCGCAGUCGUCUGCGUUCCCGCCUCGUUGGCAUACAUCUGCGCAGUCUUCGUCGAGCUCGUCUUGCUACGGCGUCUCCUCCUUGGUCCUAUGAAGCCAGGAUCUCAUCCUCUCUACUCUUUCUUCUACCUCCGCAAGUGGCUCGUCGAUCGCCUAAUGGACAUGUCACUCCUCGUCCUUCACCCAGUCUACGCUAGCCUCUACGUUGUCCCUUAUCUUCGGGCCCUUGGAGUCAGAAUUGGCAAGUGGGCCGAGAUCUCCACGGCCAGAGGCGUCAACUUCGAGCUGGCCGACAUCGGCGACGAGUGCUUUGUGGCUGACGGCGUUCUCUUUGGCGACGCGGCGGUCCGCGGAAACACCAUUCAUUUCGAGAAGACCACCAUGGCACCUCGGGCCUUUGCCGGGAACGCAAGUUUGAUACCUCAAGGUACCACACUGGCUUCCAACACCCUCGUUGGUGUUCUAUCGAUUGCUCCUGAGAAGACACUCUCGUCGUCGGAUGGAGAUGAGAACGGAAUCUUCAAUCUCAAAGAGGGUCAGAGUUGCUUUGGCACUCCUCCAGUUUUGAUGCCCGCACGUCAAAAGGCGACCGCGACGCAUGCCGACCACCUCCUAUACCGACCGCGUACGAGGCAGAUUCUCUUGCGACUGUUGAUCGAAGGGCUUCGAAUUUGGAUUCCUCGCAUGCUGGUCGUCUACGCCCUUGGCUUCAGCCUGCAGAUCAACGAGUACGCCUGGCCAAGAAUAGGCGUCGUAUACUCGCUUCUGAUGCUUCCCCUUUAUUUCUUCUUCCUUUUUUCUGUUCCUGCACUCACCAUUACCGUCGCGAUGAAGUGGAUUCUUGUGGGCCGGUACACACAAGCCGAAUGGCCGCUCUGGUCGCACAAGGUCUGGCUCUCGGAAGCUGUCACUUCGACUUAUGAGUCACUGCUCAACCCGGUGCUCACGUCCUUUCUUGUCGGCACUCCCUACCUCGCCAUGGUCUUCCGGCUGCUGGGUGUCAAGAUUGGUAGGCGCUGUACGCUCCUUUCGCACGACAUUACUGAGCACGACAUGGUCACGCUCGGCGAUGAGGCUGUCGUCAACAUGCAUUCGGGCCCACAGACGCACCUCUUUGAGGACCGUGUCAUGAAAGUGGGUAGCGUCACUCUGGGAGAAAGAGCAGUGAUGAAGCCGUACGCCAUUUGCUUGCCCAACUCUUCCGUGGGACGAGAAGCUCAGUUGGGUUCGUUGAGCCUCGUCAUGAAGUCCGAAACAGUGCCGGAAGAGCAGGCCUGGGAAGGCGCACCUAUCGCGCCGAGGCAAAGGAGAAAGCGCAUGGCCGUUUCUUCCUCCGAGAAGCAAGCAAGUACAGCUAGUAAGGCGACGACUCAAAGCGAAGAGAGCACGCGGAGCGGCGUUCUGUCAGCUGGCUCCAGCUCCUCGUCUUCCUUCUCCUUCGACGUUGAACGCAGCGGCAGACCACGAAACCCGACCAAAUUGGGAGAUACACGAGGGGAGAGUCGAUCGACAAGCCGGACACUCUUUGGGUCCAGUAGCCGAUCGACGAGCCGGACGGUCUUCAAGGUCUAGGGCUGGUAAGACAACUCUCGUCUCUGCCUUGAUAAGGAGUGACACGAGUUAAGUGCUGCGCAUUGUAUUGAACUGUACUGUACUGUGCAGUACCGAACACUCACGUACCACACGACGUCGUCGACUUCUUCGAAAGAAAAUGUUUUGAUCGUUGACAUUCUCGGAUGAGAGGUGGUAGAAUGAGAUGUAAUGGUGACAAACAUGGAUAAUACAAAGGACCAAUUAUAGGAGGAAC